UCAGGAAAACCAUAUUAGUAUAAAUAGAGAUAUAGAUACUAAUAAAUUUGCAAAUCGAAAACAAGUUUCCUCUAAAGAUUUGCCGACCUACUCUCAUCUCUCUUCAGACAACCCCGCCGCAAGACAUACCUCUCACAAGCCCUCUGUCUCACCCUCCUAAGCGCUCUCUUGCGUUCUAGUUUCCGACAGGAAAGCAAAUUUAUCAUAUCAGAACCGAUGGGCAAACGUAGGACGGAGAUGAAGCUGAUAGAGAAUGAGAAGGCUCGUAAGAGAGUUUUCGAAAAGAGAAGGUCUAAUUUGUUAAAGAAGGCCAAGGAGUUAUCAAUUCUUUGUGAUAUCAAGCUACUGCUCAUCAUCUAUGAACAUGGUAAAGAAAAAGCUGAGAUUUGGCCCCAUAAUAAUGUGGAAGCUGAACAAAUCAUCGAGUGGUUCAAGCAGCGGCGUAUUGACAAAACAGCUUGUGAUUCUUCCGCAAGUAAGAGGAGAAGAUUUGGUGACAAAUUUGAUAUAUCGGAUCACAAGAAUAUGAUCAAUCACUACUCUGAGAAUCAACUUCGAAACUUGAUUUUCGAAUUGGAUGCAAAGAUUGCUGCUGUUAUGAACGUAAAUCAAUCAAAACAGGUUCUUAAGGGAGUACCUGGAUCACCAAAGAACAAGGGGAAGGGAAAGGAAGCUGUUAUCUACCAAGAACCGAUUGAAACCCCACAACACCAGAGUUUUCAGACAUAUUGGCCAAAGAAAAAUUUUAUUAGCUAUCCUGAGUACGAAAAUAGUAGUAAUAUUCCGUAUGUUCCAUUGCCGGUUCAUUAUGUUGAUCCAUCUUCGGUACAACCACCUUACAAGAAUGCUAAUUCCUCGAUGGGUUACUACGGCCCUAACGUUAACCCUGUUCUUCCAUGCAUUUAUUAUCCAAUGAUGCCUGGUUUUCCCCCUCAGAUGAAUGCUUCAGACUUGGGUUUCUUUCCUCCUUUCAAUUGACUUUUUUUUUCCUUCCCUUUUUUAGGAUUUCUGGAAAUACAUUAUAGUAUUGAUAUUCUUGGAUAAGUGGUGUUUUGUUUUCA